CCUGCUCUCCCGCCCUCAUUUCCGCCGGAAGUGCUCUGCGGUAGCAAGUGCCCUUCCUCAGUUGCACGCGCGGUCUCCCGGUACCUAGUAUUCGGUUCCCGUGGCCGAGUACUGCCACCAUGGCAGUCGCCGCCCUCCUGCGAGUGACGCCCCGCUUAAGUGGUCUUUGCGCCAGCCCGACCCCAUUAUUGCAAGGUCGGCUGCGGCCGCUGAAGGCCCGGGUAUUGCCACGCUCGUGCCGCGGUCUGGCUGUGGAAGUCAAGAAGGCCUACGUGCGCGACAAACCCCACGUGAAUAUAGGAACCAUCGGCCAUGUGGACCACGGCAAGACCACACUGACUGCGGCCAUCACGAAAAUUCUAGCUGAGGGAGGUGGGGCUAAGUUCAAGAAGUACGAGGAGAUAGACAAUGCACCGGAGGAGCGAGCUCGAGGUAUCACCAUCAACGCAGCCCAUGUGGAGUAUAGCACUGCUGCCCGUCACUAUGCCCAUACAGACUGCCCGGGUCACGCAGAUUAUGUUAAGAAUAUGAUCACAGGCACUGCUCCCCUAGAUGGCUGUAUCCUGGUGGUGGCAGCUAAUGAUGGUCCUAUGCCCCAGACCCGAGAGCACUUAUUACUGGCUAAACAGAUUGGGGUAGAGCACGUGGUGGUGUAUGUGAACAAGGCAGAUGCUGUCCAGGACUCUGAGAUGGUGGAGCUAGUGGAGCUGGAGAUCCGAGAACUGCUCACUGAGUUUGGCUAUAAAGGGGAGGAGGCUCCUGUCAUUGUAGGCUCUGCUCUCUGUGCCCUUGAGCAACGUGACCCAGAGCUGGGCGUGAAGUCAGUGCAGAAGCUGCUGGAUGCUGUGGACACUUACAUCCCAGUGCCCACCCGGGACUUGGAGAAACCCUUCCUGCUGCCUGUAGAAUCAGUUUACUCUAUCCCUGGCCGGGGCACAGUGGUGACAGGUACACUAGAGCGUGGCAUUUUGAAGAAGGGAGACGAGUGUGAGUUCCUGGGGCAUAGCAAGAACAUUCGCACUGUGGUGACAGGCAUUGAGAUGUUCCACAAGAGCCUAGAGAGGGCAGAGGCAGGAGAUAACCUGGGGGCUCUGGUCCGAGGCUUGAAGCGGGAGGACUUGAGGCGUGGUCUUGUGAUGGUCAAGCCAGGCUCUAUCCAGCCCCACCAGAAAGUGGAUGCACAGGUUUACAUCCUCAGCAAGGAAGAGGGCGGUCGCCACAAACCCUUUGUAUCCCAUUUCAUGCCUGUCAUGUUCUCCUUGACUUGGGACAUGGCCUGUCGUGUCAUCUUGCCUCCAGGGAAGGAACUUGCCAUGCCUGGGGAGGACCUGAAGCUCAGCCUCAUCUUGCGGCAGCCCAUGAUCUUAGAAAAAGGCCAGCGUUUCACCCUGCGUGAUGGCAACAAGACCAUUGGCACUGGCCUUGUCACUGACACACCAGCCAUGACCGAAGAGGACAAGAACCUCAAGUGGAGUUGAGCCUGGACUUUUGUUUAAGUUGAACUGCUCUGUCGUGGUCAGUGUUCUUCCUGUUUCAGAUGCCCCCUGUGGACACAAGCUACGACUAAGCUGAGUGUAAUUAGAUGGACAUUCCCCCACACAAGGGGUGACCUGUCAGGUGAGACAGGCCAAUAAAUUUCUGUGAAUACUAA